AUGUACCUUGUAUACCUUGCAGGCGACCCAAGCAUUGCUUACCUACAUCUUCGCUCCAAUUCCACCCCUCCAACUACGAGCAACCCAAAUAUCCCUCGGAAGAGAGUUGCAGUCAUUGGUGCUGGAUUAACUGGUGUGUCAUCGGCUGCCCAUUGUGUCGGCCAUGGCUUCGACGUGCAAAUCUUUGAGUCGCGACCCAAAGACAAGGGCCUGGGUGGCAUCUGGAGUCGAGUCAAUUCCACCUCUGCAUUGCAAGUCCACAGUCUCAUGUACCGGUUCCAUCCGUCGGUUCACUAUGACAGCGCCUAUCCCAGUCAGAAGCAGAUUCAGGAGCAGAUUAUCAGUCUCUGGAAGCGCUAUGACCUCGAGCGACGAACAGUCUUCGACACCCGCAUCACCUCAGUGAAAAAGACCAAGCAGGGCAAGUGGAUUAUCAACGACAAUGAAGGCGAGUAUGGCCAAUUCGAUGGGAUUCUGGCAUGUACCGGCGUGUGUGGAGACCCCAAGAUGCCUCCACUGCCCGACCAAGACCAGUUUGGGGGCCAGAUCUUCCACUCGUCCAACCUGGAUGGCAAGGAUGUCAAGGGGAAAAAGGUGCUCAUUGUCGGGGGCGGCGCAAGUGCUAUUGAGGCACUCGAAUUUGCAGUCAAGUCGGGUGCAGGCGAGAUUGAUGUCUUAUCUCGGUCUGAUAAAUGGAUUAUCCCGCGAAACGUGCUGGUGCAGUCUUUGCUGGCGUGCAACAUCUUUGGUCAGGAGAUCUCGCUCUCGUGGAUCCCAGAGUGGUUGCUGCGCAAGUUCUUCUACCGUGACUUGGAAGAUAUUGCCCCCACGGACGACGGUAUUUUCACCCAAACCCCGAUGGCCAAUUCCGAGCUCUUCAACCAGAUUCGAGAGGGCAAGGCCCAUUGGGUGCGAGGUGACAUUGUCUCCGUGGAGAAGACCGGCGUGCUGUUCAACCAUCGAGCCAAGGGCGUGCCCAAGGGGGGUCCCGGCCGGGAAGGUCUGAUCGAGGGUGAUGUGAUCGUCAUGGCUACAGGGUUCAAGCGACCUUCGCUGAACUUUUUGCCCAAUGAGGUCUUCGAUGAGCCCUACAGUCCGCCCAGCUGGUAUCUCCAGGUCUUUCCGCCCAAAUACCCGGACAUCUGUGCCAACAAUAGCACCUAUGUGGAUGCCAUUGGCACGGUGGGCAACAUGCACAUCGGCAUCUACACGCGGUUCUUGAUCAUGUUUUUGACCGACCCUUUGACCCGACCGACCGAGGAGUGGAUGAAAACUUGGAUUGACUUCACCCGUUUCAUGAAGAAGUUGGCGCCCACCCGAGCCUUUGACUUCUUCACCUACGCUGAGCUGAUCUACUGGUACAUCUUCGUGCUGAUCAUCAAUCCGUUCCGCUGGAAGUGGGCGCUGUUUGUGUUCUUUGGAAUUGGCCGAUCUUUGCCGUUGAUAGUUGUGGAGCAAGAGAAUGCGUUGCGUCGCGAACUGAAGAAGCAGCGAAAAUCACACUAG